CCUCCCUUCACACUCCCCCUUCGCUAUUUCCUUCAAAAUUCAAUUUAAUUUAGUACCAAAUUUGUACAUAUAAGCAAAAACCACGCUUUAAUUUUCAUCUGAAAACGAAGUCUAUGCUGGCAAAUCUUUUGAAAAUUAUCGUGUCUUUGCCGUGAGAUUCCAGUAUUUGAUCGAAACCGAAAUAUUGGUUUCUGGGUAUCUGUUACGUUCUUUCUCUCUGCUUUUUCCUUUUUUUUUUUGGGUGUUUGCUGGAUGUGGAAAUUGUGAUCGUUUCAGCUGCUGAAGAUUUUUUAUCAGUGCAUCAAAAUUCAGUAAUGGUUGAGACCCAGUUGACCCAAUCGAGCUUUUUGUCGAGUUUCAGCUUCUGGAUUGUAGGACUCAAUGUCAAUCCUAUGGGGGUGUCCUAUCCUUGAGUGUGUUUAUUGUCUGGCAUGUACCCGCUGGGCGUGGAAGCGAUGCCUCCACACAGCGGGUCAUGACAGUGAGACUUGGGGCAUUUCCACUGCUGAAGAAUUUGAGCCUGUUCCUCGCCUUUGCCGCUACAUUCUUGCUGUUUACGAAGAUGACCUUCGAUGCCCUCUUUGGGAACCACCCGGUGGGUAUGGAAUUAACCCAGAUUGUUUAAUCUUGAAAAAGACAUAUGAACAUACCGGAGGUCUAGCUCCUCCGUAUAUAUUGUAUCUUGAUCAUGAUCAUGCCGAUAUAGUUCUUGCCUUCAGAGGCCUUAACUUGGCAAGAGAGAGUGACUAUGCAGUUCUGAUGGAUAAUAAGCUGGGUAAGAGGAAAUUUGAUGGCGGGUAUGUUCACAACGGGCUAUUGAAGGCUGCUCAAUGGGUCAUGGAUGCAGAAUGUGAAAUGUUGAAAGAUCUGGUGGAGAAGUAUCCAAAAUAUACUUUGACUUUCACAGGACACUCCCUAGGGUCAGGUGUAGCAGCAUUGUUAACAAUGUUGGUAGUGAAGAACAUGGAUAGGUUGGGGGACAUUGAUCGGAAGAGGGUUAGGGGCUAUGCUAUUGCACCGGCGAGGUGUAUGUCAUUGAACUUAGCAGUCAGAUAUGCGGAUGUCAUCAAUUCUGUUGUGCUUCAGGAUGACUUUUUACCGCGGACCGCUACACCGUUGGAAGACAUUUUCAAGUCACUUUUCUGUUUGCCGUGCAUAUUGUCCCUACGAUGCAUGAGGGACACAUGUAUACCUGAGGAAAAAAUGCUCAAAGAUCCAAGGAGGCUCUAUGCACCUGGCCGCCUCUAUCACAUUGUUGAGAGAAAGCCUUUUAGGUGUGGAAGAUUUCCGCCCGUUGUCAAGACAGCAGUUCCGGUGGAUGGGAGAUUUGAGCACAUCGUUCUUUCUUGUAAUGCCACUUCUGACCACGCCAUCAUUUGGAUAGAGAGAGAAGCCCAGAGGGCUCUAGAUUUAUUAUUGGAGAAAGAUCAGAUCAUGGAGAUUCCGUCGAAGCAAAAAAUGGAGCGGCAGGAGACGGUGGCCAAAGAGCACUCGGAAGAGCACAAGGCUGCAUUACAGAGGGCUGUCACAUUGGCCGUGCCUCAUGCAUAUUCACCGUCUCCGUAUGGAACUUUUGACGAGAAGGACGAGGAAGAUCACCCGAAUGGAUCAAGCGGGGAGUCUUCGGUUGGUUCGACGAAGAAAAGCAAGUCAUUCACGGCGCGGUUUUUCGUGAGAAAAGAAUGAACAGAAGGGAGUGAUUGUUGUUGUUAUUAACUUAUUACUGUUGUUUGAUAAGUAGUGAUCGAUCAUUACAGUAAUUGUUUCGGUUACAAACAUAGAGAAAAGAAUAAAUUUGCGACAAACUAUAAAUUCAUUGAUUCAUAGGAAAAC